AUCUGCAAGCGCAUCGUGGUUGACAUGCAAGUUCAAUCGUCUGCUUGCGAUGCUUUAGUUAACCUAAACGAUUCGUUGGUGGACACUUGUUACGUUAAAGCGUUAAAUCGCAACCACGCGAUGGACGACAAGUCUGGAGGGUUGAAAACGAACGAGCAGAUCAUAGAGGAGCUCACGAGAGAUCUAGAAAGUUCUUGCAUCAGAGUGGACGAUGACGCUGCGUCGAACGACGUUGUCGGGGAUUCGGUUACAAAAAGUGGUGAGCUUUCGGACAAUUAUUGCGAACGUGUGAGAACAAACGGUGACAAUGCUGACAGGUGUGAAAUGGAAGGUAAGGGCGAUACAAAUAUUCCCAAGGACUUCGUGGACGAAGACUCGUUGAAAGACAGAGAACUAACCCUCUCCGAGGAUGAGAAAGAGGCUCUUAAAGCAGAAGCAGAGAAAUAUAAAGAUAAAGGGAAUGAUCUUUUCAAACGGGAAGAAUACCAAGAGGCAAUAUCUGUGUAUACGCAAGGAUUACAAACUUGUCCGUUGGCUUACAACAAAGAGAGAUCCAUUCUGUAUGGUAACAGGGCUGCUGCAAAGUUAAAAUGUCUGGACAGAGAAUCUGCUAUAUCUGACUGCACUAAGGCUAUAGAAUUAAAUCCAGACUAUGUGAAAGUGUAUGUUAGAAGAGCAAGACUGUACGAAGAGACAGAUAAACUAGACGAAGCUUUGGAAGACUACAAGAAGAUCUUAACAUUUGAUGCUGGUCACAUAGAGGCAAAUCAUGCCACUAGGAGAUUACCUCCAUUGAUUCACGAAAGGAAUGAGAAACUAAAAGCAGAAAUGCUUGGCAAACUGAAGGAUUUGGGAAAUAUGGUAUUGAAACCCUUUGGGCUUUCCACGAAUAACUUUGAACUGCAAAAGGAUCCGAAUAGCGGUGGUUAUUCUGUCAAGUUCCAUCAAAAUCCUAGUUAAUAAAUUGUGUGGAUCUCGUGUCGCGGAAUAUUUAUACAUACCUUAUGUAAAUUCUGCUCGAAUGCUGUGUGCUUGUAAUAAAAAUACAUUAUGACAGAAA